CGACGGGAGUAGCAUUUUCCCCUCCGCCGCCUGUGGCUGCAGUGUGUCUCCGCGGCCUGCUUUACCGCUCGGACUGAUUCAUUCAUUUUUCAGACGCGCUCUGCCUCCGUGUGUGUGUGUGUGUGCGUGUGUGUGUGUGUGCGCGCGUGGUUGGACAGAGGCUGUGUGGUUCUAACGCUUCGUCGCUCUCCUCCUCGCUGGUGUGUAUGCCGCGGUGUGUCCGUCUGAAGGCUGGGUGGUGACAACACACUACAAUGAUCGAGCGACCAGAGACUGCGGUUCCGAGCAUCGCUCAGAGGAACCUGGAGGGCUACGUGGGCUUCGCUAACCUGCCCAAUCAGGUGUACAGGAAGUCUGUGAAGAGGGGCUUCGAGUUCACUCUCAUGGUUGUUGGUGAGUCCGGUCUGGGCAAAUCCACGCUCAUCAACUCACUCUUCCUGACCGACCUGUACUCCAAGGAUUACCCCGGACCCUCGCAGCGCAUCAAGAAGACCGUGCAGGUGGAGCAAUCCAAGGUGCUGGUAAAGGAAGGGGGCGUCCAGCUUACACUCACCAUCGUCGAUACACCAGGGUUCGGAGAUGCAGUGGAUAACAGCAACUGUUGGCAGCCGGUCAUCAACUACAUCGACAGUAAAUGCGAGGACUUCCUAAACGCCGAGUCGAGGGUGAACCGCAGACUGAUGCCAGACAACAGAGUUCACUGCUGCCUUUAUUUCAUCGCGCCCUCCGGACACGGUCUAAAGCCGCUGGACAUUGAGUUCAUGAAGAGACUCCAUGACAAAGUCAACGUUAUCCCCCUUAUUGCCAAGGCUGACACACUGACCCCCGAGGAAUGCCAGCUCUUCAAAAAACAGAUAAUGAAGGAGAUUCAGGAGCACAAAAUUAAAAUUUAUGAGUUCCCAGAUACGGAGGAUGAUGAGGACAGCAAGCUCAUCCGUAAGAUCAAGGAGAGGAUGCCGCUGGCAGUGGUUGGCAGCAACGUGGUGAUUGAGGUGAACGGCAGGAAGGUCAGAGGUCGGCAGUACCCGUGGGGCGUGGCAGAGGAGGGCAUUUUUGUUGAGAACGGCGAGCAUUGUGAUUUUACCGUGCUACGAAACAUGCUCAUAAGGACCCACAUGCAGGACCUGAAGGACGUGACUAAUAACGUCCACUAUGAGAAUUACCGCAGUAAGAAACUGGCUGCCGUCACUUGCAAUGGAGUGGACACUUCAAAGACCAAGGGACAGCUCACCAAGAGUCCCCUGGCCCAGAUGGAGGAGGAGCGGAGGGAGCACGUGAUGAAGAUGAAGAAGAUGGAGACAGAAAUGGAACAAGUGUUUGAAAUGAAGGUCAAGGAGAAGAAGCAGAAACUGAAGGACUCGGAGGCUGAGCUGGAGCGACGCCACGAGCAGAUGAAGCGCAACCUGGAGGCUCAGUACAAAGAGCUGGAGGAGAAGCGGCGAGUGUUUGAGGAGGAGAAGGCCAACUGGGAGGCCCAGCAGCGGAUCUUGGAGCAGCAGAAGCUGGACGCGUCCAAGACAAUGGAGAAGAACAAGAAGAAAGGAAAAAUCUUCUGAGGAGGUGCGACCCGCUCCUUCCUUCCGUUCCCGACAGACAAAAACUCGUUUUUCCUUCAUGCCCUCUGACCUUCACAUCAUGUGACUCUCUAAACCCACACACACGGCGCAGAUAUGACACUCGGCACAUUCCAUCACCACAUUCCAGAUGUGACUUUACUGACACGCAGCACAUGUGGCGCGGCGCUCUCACCAUGCUCAUAUACACAGAACAUGUUACACACACACACACACUCUCUCUCUCUCUCCCUCUCUCUCUCUCUGUGUGUGUCUCCAUCCGUCAAAGCCACUUGGAUUUUCCCGGUGAACGUGUGUGUUUGUGACAUGAUCCUCCUGUUUGCUGACCUUCCAGCAGUGGGCGGAGUCAGACAGGCACACACAGGCUGCAGGACAGGUGGGGUGGUGUUAGGAGUGUGUUAGGUGAGGGGACAGUGUAUGUAGGUAGGGAUGGGAAUCAAGAACCGGAAUCGCAUGCCUCCUUUUAUCGAUGUCGGCAUCAAGUCCAAGCACCUGAGAGGGGAGAUACGCAGACCUGCCCUCCAUAUUUCCCCUUUUCCCAGUGGGCCGGAGGUCGUCAGCAGGAUUUCAGACACCGGGAGAAGGUGGAAUACAGAGGCUGACAGAAAACUGAUCCGGAAUCAAUAAUCAGUGAAUUGAUAAAGAUAAGCAGAAUCCAGUGUGGAUACCCAAACCCCAUCCCAUCAGGCAGGGUUUGGACCAAAAUUUAGACAAGAAUUUAGAACUGAUGCCGGGGGAUCGGUCACGUGGGCUUUACUUUAGUGAAACUCCAGUGUAAAAUAAAUAAAAAUGAUGGACCUGCUGGCUUUUUCGGGCAAGUUCCUGUACAGAGCUGGAGUUUACAGUCGGGGUCGGUUCUGUGCUCUUCAGGCAAAAAUACGCAGCCUAAUCUGCUCUCCAGACACUGGCAUCAAUAAAAUCUUGUAAAUUCCCAUCCUGAUAUGUGGGUGAAGGUACUCGAGUAAGGCGGGAAUUCUCGCACAAAAAAGUGUGUGUGUGUGUGUGGUGAGGAGUGACGACGGUUACAAGCCAGGUGGAAAUUGGUCAGAGAUGAAUUAGUCAGGACGGAGGUGUGUGUGUGUGUGUGUGUGUGUGUGUGUGUGUGUGUGUGUGUGUGUGUGUUGUGUUUACUGCAUGGUGAGGGCCACAACACAUUUUAACCAACAGAGUGCGGACGUGUUGUCCCGUCCUCACAACUACAGCUGCAGAUUUUGGCUCAUCGGUCAGAGGUCAGAGGUUAGAGGUACAGUUUGAACAACAAAUGUGUGUGUGUGUGUGUGUGUGAGAGAGAGAGAGGUCAUAGAUAACGCAUUCAGAACCAUCACACUGAUUUGUACUAACCAGAGGACCGAGAUAAGAGAGAAACUGCAAUACAGAAACCACAACGUUGUCUGUCUGUCUGUCUGUCCCCUGUCUGUCUGUCCCCGCAGCAAACUGCUGUUUUCCUGUCGGGACGGGUGACCAUGUUAUGCAAAAGCUGCAUGGAUGUCUAUAACUGUGGUUGCAGUGAUUUACCAAGAUUUUUUAUAUUUAGAGAGAGAAAGCCUCAGAGGAAUGCACCGAGAUUCUUAUUCUUAUUUCUUUUUUUGGGGGGGGGGUCGCUCUGUCCCAUUGAUUGAUUUAAAGUGAUGAAAACAUCGGCGCCGACAUCAUCCUCAUCCCAAAACCUGGAGUAUUCCUCUGAGCUUUCCCUCUCCCUGAAAACCCUCUCUUCCUUCCUUUUUUUCCGGAGAGACUGUACAGAGAAUGCCGCCGGCUCCGCCUCAGCUUGCUCUCCCAAUAUUCUUCUACAGAUCCUUCCUCCCUUUGUUUGUGUUUGCUUUUGUUUUUGUAAAGGAUAGAUGGGAUGUGUUCUGACCCAGGUCUGCACCGGUGGCAAGCUUCCCUCUCAGUCAGGUUUUAUUUACAUAUGAUGUGAUGAUGAUGAUGAUGAUGAUGAUCAUAAUAGUGUAUGUACAGUUGAAGGACUACCACUUCUUAAACUUCAAGUCGUUUCCCUCGUCCUGAGUGGCUCCUUGGUGAAUCUGUUAUUUUAGUCUAGAGUUAGUUUUCUGAACUUCAAGAUGCAUCUAAACCAGGAAGUGGAAGGGACAAAGAAAAGCUCCCAGAAGCUGCAGGCUGAUCGACGGCCAGUUCCUCGACUUAUUCCGUGUUUUGUUUACAUCAUAUUUGAGCAGAGCUUCAGCUUUUACAUCCCGUCAGUGGAUGCACACAAAUCUCUUUGCCAGUACACGGCUGCUCUCUUACGCUAGAUUUUUUUCCUGAGAAAAGUAAUUCUGCAAUCCAGCUAGUUAAGAGAUAAGAAAUAUGUUUAAAAAAUAAAUAAAUAAAUUGGUGGGAAAAAAAAAAAGUUGAGUAAAAGAUGUGUAUAACUGAACUUUUCCUGAAAAUGUUUUUGAACCCCCCUCCCUGGCAGUAGUAACUCCUGGUUAAGCUAGACCUGAAUUUAGUAGAAUUUUUUUUUAAUCAUUAUUAUUAUUAUUUUCUUUUUUUUUAUAUAUGUACACUGUUUUCUGCUUCUUGUUUUAUCAUCUGUUCUCUCUCUAACUGUACAUGAUUAAUAUUAAAGAUGAGAAGGAUAUGCUUAAA